UCUACCACGCCAGCGCCGCCAGCCUUGAGGUCAAGUCCAAGGCCCCCAAUGGCGUCACCUUCAACGUGAAGGGCAAGUCUGCCCACGAGGGUCCCAUUGCUGGCUCCCUCGAGGCCAAGUACGUCGACAAGCCCACCGGUAAAGGCCCCAAAUCGCGCAAAAAAAACACGCGAACAUCCCUUGCGCAAACCUCCCGACCCUCCACCUUCCAGAGUGCCCGACAACCGGCUCACGCUUAUGUUUGCGUGUGGCUAUGUCCCGUCUAAGCACCUCUUCGUCUAUCUUAUGUCAAUGAAUACCCAGCAUGCGGUAGUGCUAAUGUUCCGUCCUCGUUCAGGCCUCACCCUCACCCAGGCGUGGACCACUGCCAACGCCCUCGACACCAAGCUCGAGCUCGACAACAACAUCGCCAAGGGCCUCAAGGCUGAGAUCCUCACCCAGUACCAGCCCGCUAAGCAGUCCAAGGGCGCUAAGCUCAACCUCCACUUCAAGCAGCCCAACCUCCACGCCCGUGCUUUCUUCGACCUCCUCAACGGUCCCUCCGCCAACUUCGACGCUGUUCUCGGCCACGAGGGCUUCCUUGUCGGUGCUGAGGGUGGCUACGACGUCCAGAAGGCCGCCAUCACCAAGUACUCCGCUGCCGUCGGCUACAGCGUUCCCCAGUACUCUGCUGCCAUCACCGCUGGCAACAACCUGACCGUCUUCUCUGCCAGCUACUACCACCGCGUCAACGAGCAGGUUGAGGCUGGUGCCAAGGCCACCUGGGACUCCAAGACCGGUAACUCCGUUGGCCUCGAGGUCGCCAGCAAGUACCGCCUUGACCCCUCUUCCUUCGCCAAGGCCAAGAUCAACGACCGUGGUGUUGCCGCUCUCGCCUACAAUGUUCUCCUCCGCCCUGGUGUCACCCUUGGCCUUGGUGCUUCUUUCGAUACCCAGAACCUCAACCAGGCUGCCCACAAGGUUGGCGCCAGCUUCACCUUCGAGGCUUAGAAGAGCUACAUAGUUAGCAUCAGUCCGCACUCAGAGUCUAGCGUUCGAGUUAGCCGGAUACAUUGAUUUUUGGAAGCCUUUAAGAGUAGAAACUUGAUUGCUUUCUUAUGGUCUUUGAAGGGGCUAUUGGUUCGCGCAGGAUUGGUCUUGUGGGUGGGCGUGGGUUCUUAUGGAUGUCUAGUUAAUAAUCAUGUAUCGUAUCUACCGACGAUAAGUGUAUAUCAAGUCUACAUUUCCCUUUGUUCA